AACGGGACGCCAAGCAAUGCGCAGUUGCUUGUAGGCAUAUCGAUUGUAGAGGAAUUUUGCAGCAGAAUAAUGCCUCCAAAGAAGAAGAAAGGGAAAAGUAAUAUCAAUAAGCCCAAGACCAAAAAUAAGAAAGCUAAUGAGGGGGGAAGUGAAUUGGAGGAGAAGUACAGGCGAAGUGCAUUGGAUGUAACAGUUCUGAGGGACCAUCUUGCUCUGCGAGGGGAUGUGGCACAGCAGGCCCAGUCCAUCAGUCAUGACCUGAGAUCUCGUAUGCGGGACAUGGAGCAGGAGCUCCACCAUGAGAGACUGGACCGCAAAGACGUCAAUGCAGAUCUCACCCGUCAGCAUAAGACCAUGCAAACAGACAUGACGGUCAAAGUGAAAAGGCUGGGGGGUGAGGCCAUUUUGCUGCGAGAACAGCUUGCUCAGUGUCAGGAGGAGUUGAGGGCAGAAAGGAAAGCGCAUGAGCAGUUGCAGCAGGAGAAGGAUACCACAAUAGCUGACUUACAAAACAAACUGGAUGACAUGGAGACCAACUACGAGAAGAUUCUGCAUGACACUUUGGACAGUUUGACCUCCCAACUGGCUGAGGCUCGACUGCGGUGGGAGCAUGAGAGCACUGUUGUCCAUCAGGAAUACAAAGAGCUGCUCUCUGACUUUGGCUUGAACUCACUGGACAUCUGAAAGGCUCUUAUUAUGUAACCAGGGCCCGUAUUCAUAAAAUGUCUCAGGGUAAGAGUGCAGAUCUCGGUUCCAUGUCCCCCCCCUUUCACCCCCCUGUUCAUGUACAUUUCAUUAUAAUCUAAAAGGCUAAAUGGAUCCUAGAUCAGCACUCUCACUCUGAUGAUCUUUAUGAAUACUGGCCCUGAUCACCACCACAUUGUGUCAUUGCUACGAUAAGACCAGGCACACCAGGGGCUCGUAUGUGUCAAGCAUCUCAGAGUUGGACUGUUGAUCUAGGAUCAGUUUUCUAUUUUAGAUAAGAAUGAAUAACAUUACAUGGACAGUGAGGACCUGAUCUACAUCAGCACUCCUACUCUGUGACACUUGACACACAUUAUGGUAAAGUAAAUAGAUCGAUUCCAUGUGGAUUUGAAGUCAUUCAUAACGAGAAGGAAAACUUAAUGACAAUAAUGUAACAACCAGUGUUUGAUUCAUUUGGUUACUGUGUCUUUCAUGAUGUAUAAUACUUCUUAAAAUACUUCUUAAAAACA